GUACAUUUUUUCUCGCAGCUUUUCAAUCUUUCUCUUUCAAAUAGAGGACACGGAGACCGAGAGAGAGAGUUGACAACUGAUAAAGGCUUCUCUAGGCAGUAUCUCCGAUUGGAAAUGUCACCUUGCGGGGCUGCCACGGCGGCGGCGAUCAAACAGGCGGAGCAGCUGAGGCAAGACGGAAACAGUUACUUCCAGAAAAGCCGAUUUGGCGCCGCAAUCGAUGCCUAUACCGAGGCGAUUACCUUGUGCCCUAAUGUUCCUGUAUAUUGGUCUAAUCGUGCUUUGUGCCAUCUCAAGCGCAAUGAUUGGACAAGAUUGGAAGAGGAUUGCAGGAGAGCAAUUCAGCUUGAUUGCAAUUCGUUUAAGGCACACUAUAUGCUAGGCCUUGCUUUGCUACGGAAGCAAGCAUAUUCAGAAGGAGUCAAACAACUCGAAAAAGCAUUGGAUCUUGGAAGAGGGGCUAAUCCUAAGAGUUACAUGGUAGAAGAGAUAUGGCAAGAGCUAGCAAAAGCCAAAUAUUUGGAAUGGGAAUAUGAGUCUACCAAGCGUUCCUCUGAACUCCAUAAACUGAAAGAAUCCUGUGAGAUGGCUCUAAAGGAGAAACAUUUACUUGGCCUCUCACAGAUGGAAGGUUUUUUAGAUGAGAAGAACGAAGCCUUUUCUAAACAACUCGAAGCUUUGAAUAGUGUGUUCGCGAAAGCUGCAGAAGAUGAUACCCCCCUUGAUGUGCCCGAUUACCUGUGUUGUAAGAUAACACUUGACAUUUUACGUGAUCCUGUGAUAACACCCAGUGGGGUUACUUACGAGAGGGCUGUGAUUCUUGAACACUUGGAGAAGGUGGGGAAAUUUGACCCAGUUACUGGCAAGGCACUGUAUGCAUCUCAGUUAGCACCCAAUUUGGCUAUAAAAGAAGCCGUGCAGGCGUUCUUGGACAAACAUGGCUGGGCUUAUCGAACAUUUUUGAGCUGUUCUCCAUGUCAUGUACAACAAAAAGAUCACUUCUUUAACGGCGGGGGAGCUCCGCCGCCGCCGCCGCCGUUACUGUUCGAGCCCACGAUGCGUGACUUGGACGCGACUUGGGGGUGUUCUCAGGAUGAAUACGCCCAAUUUGAGUUGCCCGUCAGCAGCACCUCGAUGGCCGCCGCCGCCAUGGAUUCCGGCGGCUUUGCGAUCAGCGAGCUGAUCGGUGAACUCAGCAGUAUGUACGGCUCUCGACCGCCGUUCGCCGCCACUUACGGCAACGUCGGUGAUAUUUACAGCUUGGGAAAUUCACUUCCCCUGAGUACUCCGGCCAUCUCCCCGGCGCCGGCGAAGUUGUCCUGCCUCGCUAGCCGGAGCUUCAACGGGAGAACGGCUCAAUCCCGGUCGAGUAGCCCGUCUCUGAAGCAACCCGGAACUGAACCUCGACCCGAACCCUCAUUCUUUUCCGGCCACACUUCCAUUCCCGAACCAUCAGCUCCCUCCGCCGAUCAACUCCCGAGCGGCGGAAGCUCCGGCGAACUCAAUCCCAGAAAAAGGAAACCCGUCUCGGGAAUCAAAACGGACGGGCAUUCAAAUGCGAAGAAAUCGAAACAGAGCAAAGAAACAGAGAGGGAAGUGAAAGAUGAUAAUGGCGGCGGAGAUGGAAAUGAGUCAAACCAGAAGCCAUUUGAGCCACCAAAGGAUUACAUUCAUGUUAGAGCAAGAAGAGGGCAAGCUACUGAUAGCCAUAGCCUUGCUGAAAGAGUAAGGAGGGAGAAGAUUAGUGAAAGAAUGAAGCUUUUGCAAGAUCUUGUGCCUGGCUGCAAUAAGGUAACUGGUAAGGCAUUAAUGCUCGACGAGAUUAUAAAUUAUGUGCAGUCACUGCAACGCCAGGUCGAGUUCCUAUCUAUGAAGUUAGCCACAUUAAAUCCUAGGGUGGACUGCAACGCACCCAAUCUGCUCCCAAAGGAUAUAUGUCAGACCAAUGAGGCAUUGCCACAUCACGCGUACACGUCGGAUUCGCCGGGGCCCGCUUUUCGUUACGCCAAAAUUCCUCAACUAAAUGCGGGCAUUCCAAACGGGGCGCUAAGCCAAUGUCCCCCUCCUUCUCUUUACUCAUUGGAUGCCUCUCCAAGCCUUGGGAUGCACUUUCCUUCCAUGGAUAGUUUUGGUGAAACUCUUUCUCAGGUGUGGUAAUAUGAUAUCAGAAUCUUGUUGAUCUAGAUGUCACAAGUUUGAAAUUUACGGUCGAUCUUCUUCUUAAAAAAAUAAAUAUUCAUGUGUGUU